UGGCUUGAGUGGCCCGGGGUGGGUGACCUGAAGUUGUAGCCUCGCUGCUCUUGAGGCGGAUAAUUAGCCCAAGAAACACUAUAUUCAUGCUUAGGUGGAGAAAAGCAGGGCUAGAAUUGGAAUCCAAAGCCCAGGAUGGCAGGAGAGGAUGUGGGGGCUCCACCCGAUCACCUCUGGGUUCACCAAGAGGGUAUCUACCGCGACGAACACCAGCGCACGUGGGUGGCCGUCCUGGAAGAGGAGACGAGUUUCCUAAGGGCACGAGUUCAGCAAGUUCAGGUUCCUUUAGGUGACGCAGCCAGGCCAAGUCACCUUCUCACCUCCCAGCUACCUCUCAUGUGGCAACUCUACCCCGAGGAGCGCUACAUGGAUAACAACUCUCGCUUGUGGCAGAUCCAGCAUCAUUUAAUGGUCAGGGGAGUACAGGAGCUGUUGCUUAAGCUUUUGCCUGAUGAUUAAUCUGGUGCUGGGAUUCUAGGAAGAUAUGCCCCUCUGUUCUGUUCAGUAUAUGGCAAUCACGUCAUCCACCACUGCAGUGCACCCACCUGUG